AUGAGCGAUGAUGCCGACGAUUUCUCCGCCAGUGAAGACGAAUGGUUGCCGGCCAAGUCCAAGGAUAAGAAAGGCGAAACUUGCACAACUAGCAGUGGUUUCGAUUGCGAGGAAGAACUUAACGAAGGUCGCCCAAAAAACAGAAAAACUCGUAGACGAAUCGCAGCCACGAAAAGAAACAUAUUGACCGCGACACAAACAUCGAAGAACAGGCAAAGUUCGGUCAAUCGGGCUGUUGGAAAAUGUGAUCGCUAUGAUUCCGACAGUAGCGGCGAUGAGCACCUGGUCGAUCCGACACAGCUGGAUUUCAGUUCCAAAUUUUUCGAUGAAGUAUCUGCAGUACAAACGCAAAGUACGGUGGACGGCCACGAUGUGGUUCCUUUUUUCGAUUGCAAUGCCGGUAUGGGCCAGCUUUCCGAUAGUUCUGAGGCUGAAAGCUUCGAUCAGGCUGGCGACACUAUCGAACAGUCCCACCUGGGCAAGCAGAAAGAAAAACGUGGCAAAGAAUUGAUCAGUAAAAUCAACGAAAUGUCAACGGCUUACGUGAAUUUCCAAAAUUUUACUCGAACGAUGGAAAUGGCCAAAAGUAAUCUGCAGAGCGCAGCGAAGCAACAGCAGCAAGAGCAGUUCCCCGAAGCAUCUGGGGGCAACGCACAGGACGUUUCCAAUUUGCUGGCACUAGGUGAAGCGAAACAUACUGCUACGGAGCAACCUAUUCCACGUACAAAACCUCUGGAAGGCGGACGGAAGAGUAAGAAAGUUGCAGAAUCCGAUUCCGAUUGGGAAGAGGUGGAAGAGAACGAACAGGCUAGUAGCACGCCUGUUCCGAAUACGGUACAGAUAACACUAAACCCGGAAGCCACUACUCGGAAGAAGCGUAAAAGUGCCGAAAUAGAUAUGGAGGCUUGCAUCAAGCGCAUGAUUAACCGUGACAAACGCGAUGAUCAGCUCGUACUGCACAAAAUGACGAUAAUCAUGGGGAUUGCACACGGGAAUCACGCCAACCGUGUGCUGAACGACCCAACACUGCUGACGAUCGGCAACGGGUUGAUACCGUCCAACCGAUGCUAUCCGAAGGGCCGAACGAAUCUUCAAUACCUCGAGCAAAUCAUGACAUUCUUCCGGGAAAUCGUAACACUAAAAGAUACACGUGUGUUUUGCCGCAGCUGGAAACGUCUUACGUUACCGCAAACACUUCGCUUGCAGUUGCUCUCGCAAAUGGCCAACUGCAAGCGGGACUUUGUGUAUCUGUUCAUCGUAGUGCUCCGCUCGAUUGGCAUCCAGUGCCGGUUGGUACUUUCGCUACAAGUGGCACCGAAACUGGUUCCUACUUCGGAAUUGCUCAAGGUACCUGCUAGGAACAGUGGGAAAAAGAAAAAAGUGUUGGAAGACACACAGGACAAUACCGAGCACGAUCACGAUUAUAGCGUCCCGAAGAAUGCAGAUGCAAGCGGAUGCAGCAAGCGUAAAUUAUCUCCAGUGGUGUUACCUCAGCUUGAUGGGGCCGAUGAUGGAGGCAAGCAACGCAAAAGGCAACCCAGAAAAAAUACGAAACAGCAACUGGAGAAGCAGAACGACGACAAUACAUCAACGAGAGAGAACGGAACUGCUCGAAUUAGUACAAUAGCAGGUUUACGGAACGCUUGCCCGGAAGUCAUUAAUUCUCCGAGGAACAAAGGGAAACAACCUUUGCAAAGAGCGCCUCAAAAGACAGACACUGCUGAGACGCAACUGAAAUCGGAGAAAAGUAAUAACGUAAAAUUGGUCGAAACGCUUUCCCCGAAAGCGUCCACUUCUAAAAUGGCUCGAAGAGAUUAUGGCAAAGUGUCGAGUCCAACUUCCAACUUCCAUAGUACCAACCCAUCGGACAUCCAAACAAAGCGUAGCUUGGACGGAGCCACUCAACCUUGGCAACCCUCCCCUGGAUCGAAGAUCGUUAAAAUAGAAAGGUUUAGUGCGAAAACCAAGCGCGCACUCGAUCGCCGCGUUCUUUCUUCGGACGAUGAACAAAAUCGAGAAAAAGCGAACGCUGAUGGGACCUGCAAACCGCACAACGAAUGGGUUGAAGCGUUCGCCGAGGAAGAGGAACGCUGGAUACCCAUGGAUGUACUCCUUGGUAAACUGCAGUGUGUAGAAGACAUUGUUCGGCACGCAUCCAGUCCAAUGCUGUACGUUCUGGCGUGGAAUAACGAUGGUUCGAUUAAGGAUGUAUCCGCACGCUACUGCGCUCAGUAUUUAACUGUAACACAGAAGCUGCGCAUAAUGCAACCGUGGAUGGACAACACGCUUCUGCAGUUUCGCGGCGAACGUAGCGCACGGGACAUCGUCGAGGAUCGCGAGCUGAAUCGUAUACUCGAGGAACGCCCGCUACCGAAAACAAUAGGCGAAUUCAAGUGUCAUCCGUAUUUUGUAUUGAAACGUCAUCUGCUCAAGUUUGAAGCAAUCUAUCCGCCGGAUGCUCCAACGCUUGGCUUCACCUCGAGCAAUGAAGCGGUUUACGCGCGAGAAUGCGUUCACACGCUUUGCGCACGCGAAAUCUGGCUCAAGCAAGCUCGAACCGUGAAGUUGCACGAAACGCCGUACAAAAUAGUUCCCGGCCGCCCCAAAUACGACAGGUCUUCCGCUCAAAGGUUACCGUCGCAACCGUUGGAACUGUUUGGCCUCUGGCAAACGGAGGAAUACGAUCCACCGACGGCAGAAGAUGGCAUUGUUCCGCGCAACGCAUACGGCAACGUGGAACUUUUCAAACCUUGCAUGCUGCCCAAGAAAACUGUUCAUCUUCGCUUGCCUGCCCUGAAUCGUGUAUGCAAAAAAUUGCGCAUCGACUGCGCGCAAGCGGUUACCGGAUUCGAAUUUCACGCUGGCAGCAGUCGUCCGGUGUACGAUGGGUUCGUUGUGUGCGAAGAGAACCGCGAUUUGGUGGUUGACGCUUGGCAUCAGGAGCAGGAAGCCGAGCAGCUACGGGCUCGCGAGAAGUACGAAAAACGCGUUUACGGCAAUUGGAAGCGGCUGAUUAAGGGCCUGCUGAUACGACAGAGGCUGCAAAAUAAGUACAAAUUCAAUAACCUUAGCCAGUAGACCAGAGGGUGGAGUGCUGGGCAAAGAUUUUUUUUAUUCUUAUUUAUGUUUCUAAUUUACUCAUUCGUUUGUGUUGAUUUACUCGACUGUGAGUCGAGUGGCUGAACUUGGUUAAACCUAAGGUUUGAAAUAAAAUUCUAUGUUUCUCUCUGAA